UUGGCACCGAACGGUCUACGAAAAUGAGCGAAUUUUCCGACCGCACUUCCGCUUCCUUCUCUUCCUCUUUCCGCAGCGCUGCUACUUGUUAUUAUUAUUUUUAUUGUUAAAUCAAAGUGAUACAAUAAUUGUUGCUACAAAAAAAAGGCCAAAUGAAUAAUAACUUGUUCAAAUAAGGGAAGCUGUGAGAUGGAUCAGGAUUGGUAGUGAUACACGGAUGGCACUCGCUUGGAUAUGAUGAGCUUCACCAUUUCUUUGGCCCUACUGCUCCUGGCAGUGCUAAUCCUGGGCAUCCUGUUCGCCUGCCAUUGUCUUGGUCCGAGGGCCGCCAACUGGAUGCGGAUGCGAUCCAGCAAGGAGGAGAAGAUCGGGUUGUCCAACCACAAGCAAAAGCUCUUCCAUGCCAACGGUUAUAUGGCCAGUAUCCAAUCCGGCUCGGAGUUCCUUCUGAGUACCAGCGGCAGCUUCAAGCGCUUCGACACCAUCGACAAGGAGGACUUCCACCGCUCCCAGCAAACGGCGCAGGCGCAGACGCAGACGCACCUGCUCCUGCUGAACGGUGGCGUCUUGGAGGCCACCACACCCAUGUGGCACCUGCCCCAUACGAAUAUCCGCAUACCUCCGCCGCCCAAUCGACCGGCUCCGCAUCCGAAUAAAACGGUCACGUUCGCCCUUAGCCAGGUCAACGAGGUCACGGUGACUACGACUAGCGAGAUGGCCAAUCCCGUCGAUCAGGAGCGUCGCUCCUGCCUUCGUCUAAAUGCUGCAACUGUGGGUGCAGCUGGUGGUGGUGGUGUCCUGCCCCAGCCUCUGGAGGCACCUCCGCCGGCUCGACUCACCAACGCCGUGCCGGUGAACCUUUCGGGCACGGCCAUACCCAGACCCAUUGCCAAGCGACAGGUGUCCCUGCAGCAGGGCAUCAAUGGUGGAGGUCAGCCGGAGAAGACCGUGGUGACCCCGACGCCAGAGGGUGAGAGGAAAGCGCCUGCGCUGAAGCGUCGAAACUCCAGCACCAAUCCCUUUCUGUGCGAGUCCACGGAGCAGAUGCCCAGUAAUCCCACUACCGAUCCUCUAGAGGUCACGGUUGCUUCUCUGCAGAAUGCCACCAUCUCCGAAAGUCCGAAGGCUGCUCCAAGAGCUCCAAUUGACAUGGCUCCUGCUCCAACUGUUCCUGCCCCAGCAGAAGCUCCCAGCUCCCAUCACAAUGGCAAUCCCUUUGUGGAAACCCAAAGCCUCUCCAGCAGACUCCUCAAGCUCCACAACACCACGAAUCCCUUUACUGGGCUCUCGCAACGGGUCAAAGGACCGCAUCUAUUGCAAAAGACCAUCUCCGAGGAUUAUCUGUUCCGUAAGUUGGGCGUUAAUGGUCCAAGUCCCAUGGCCAAUGGCAAUGGAACCGGAUCCGGAUCGGGACAUGUUAACGGAAAUGGCAAUGGAACUUGGUCUUUUGGACGCUCUCUGCUGCGACAGGACUCCACUUUGAGCCUGGGCAUGGGCUUGGGCCGCAGGAACAGCUCCCAGAUAUCCCUGGACUCCGGCUCGGGAUCGGUGGCCAAUUCGAUGGAGGGCAUCAAUCUGGAGAGGGCCAUCUCGUGUGAUUCCGUGACUUCGGACUCAACGUUCUUCCUGGAGCAAUUGGAUCAGCCGUACACCCAGAUAACCGGCUACUUGUGCAUUGGUCUUAAUUACGACAAGAACAGCAUUUGCAACGAGGGCAUGGAACUGACUGUUAGUGUCCUGGAGGCCAAGGGACUCAUAUGUCCCUUUAGCGUAGAGUCUCUGGACACGUUUGUGCGCAUCUACCUGGUGCCCGAUCAUCCCGGUGCCAUGCAAACCAAGGUGGUCAAGGACGCGCUAACACCCAGUUACAAUGAAAGCUUCAACUUUUGGCUGCAAAAGCGACAGGCUCGCCACUCCCUGUGGUUCCAUCUGUACCACAACGGCCCCGCCCACACGCUCAUCGGGGAGGCGGAGAUGGAGAUCGGGGAGCUGCCACGACCCAUCACCACCUGGAUACCGCUCUCCGACUCCCGCAAGUGCAACGCCCGGUGGGGCGAGCUGAUGUUCUCCCUGAGCUACCUGCCCACGGCGGAGCGGCUGACCAUCGUGGUGGUCAAGGCCAGGAACCUCAAGCUGGAUGGGGACCAGCCGGCGCCAGAGUCCGCGGAAACCGUGCACAGCGUUUUUGUCAAGGUCUACCUGAUGGACAACGAUCGCAAGGUGCUGAAGAAGCGCACCUCGCUGAAGCGCAAGGAUCGCAGUCCGAUCUUCAACGAGUCGAUGAUCUUCAGCGUGCCGCCGCCGAGUCUGACCACCGCCCAGCUGCGGGUGACCGUGUUCGGGGUGACCACGAGCGGGGUGACCCCGUUGGGACACAUCGUGGCCGGCAGCUGUGCGGUGGGCAAGGGCCUGCGCCACUGGCACCAGAUGCUCUCCUCGCUGAGGAAGCCGGUGGCCAUGUGGCAUGUCCUGCGGCGGGCGGUCAAUCAGCCGAUUUUCACGGGCGGCGCCGAGGCGGUGGUGGCCGCCAUGCAAAACACCCUGCAGCGCUCCACCGCCAAGCGGAACAGCAUCGUCUAGAGAUCAGAAGAUCAGAGGAUCCCGAGAUCACCGAGAUCACCGAGAUCACAGGCGGCUUCCCCACACCAACUGCGAAAUUUUCCGCUUAGCUGGCACUCAAUUUACCGCCUUUUAGUUGGAAAAACCCCUUUUGAGAUACCUUUAAGGGAAAACCAAAAAAAAAAAGAAAGAAAACAGAAAACCUUGUGGAAAAUUGCAUUUACCACACUUUAGCCAUGAGAAUUUCUUACUUUUCUACUGCUUACCAACACAACCAGAAGUAUUAUUAUAGAGCCAUGUAAUCUAAAAACCCGCACCAAAGGACAAACAAGUCUAUUAACUAGUUACACAAUAUACCAAUAUUGUCGUGCACUAAAUUUGAUGUAAGGAUUUUUAUUGUUAGAUGCAGCACACAUUUGUUGAAAUUUGUCGCAUACAACAAGCGAAAUAAUUGCAGAACUUGGAGGGUCUGGAAUUUUGGAUAUGGCUGAGAUUUCCUUAUAGCAAACAAGAUUUUUGGCAACAAAACUGUCCGUUCUAACUUCUUUAAAAGGCAAUAUGUCAAAGUAUAAACCAAAACACCCUACAAAUCUAGCAUUUCCAUACUCAAAUUGUUUUCAUAUUUGAAGAUCAUCUGCCACUUGGACACUCAAAUUUCCCACUUAACGGUAUCCCCCACUCCCUGAGCAUAAUUUUUUGAAUAGCAAAACCCAAAGGAAACUAAGGGAUAUCGUAGUAAAAUCAUAUAAGACCACUGAACCAAGGUUAACCAAUUAUUUCGCCAGCUGUAUGAUAUAGAUUAGCGACCAGUGAGCCUGUUAUACUAGAAAACUCAAUAGAUAGAUCGUCGUUUGGCAAUCAAUUGUUGUUGAAUUUGAAACCCGAUCGAAAUCGAAAUUAAAACUCGAAAAUAGAGAUGCGGUUGAGCCCUUUAAGCAUUGUGAUAUAAUAGCAAAUGAAGUGAAUUCAGAGUGCGUCUGUGUCAAGAGCGUAUAAUCGUUUCGAAGGAAAUCAAAAGUAUUUACGGUAGUUACAAUCUAUAGCCGAGAUAUAUAUUAUGAUAUCGUAUUAAACAUAUACUUAUAUAUAUGUGUGUGAAGUUUGUACUUUUGUGAUUUGCGUUCGUUCGAAUUUUGUAGAGCCGCGUGUUUUGUAAUUAGAUUUAGUUGGUUCAAGGAUCAAAAACUUUUUAACGGGGAUAUAUAUAUAUACACACACACCAGUACGGACACAUAUAGAUUUCCAUUUAGAGAGCGUUUUUGAACAGUAAAGGACAAUAACUUUGCAAGCAUUUAUGAUUCUUUGUAAGUCAAGUAAUUAUAAUUCAAAUAAUCGAACGAUUAUCAACGUUGUUUACCAUCACCAGAUUGUCCGUUGGAUCUUUGUGGAUUUUAAUAGAACGCACUCGAAUCGUAUAGUCCUUGGCAGUCCCUUCCUAGUCGCACCUGUAUUUUGACCAAACCAAUCGAAUCGAAACCUGGCACACUUCUAGCUGAAGCUUUAAUCUACGUAAUCCUCUAAUAGAACUCGGUCAACUUUUUGAAUUACACUUACUAAAUGAACACAUAUUAUAUACUCACAGGGACAGUGCGUUUCACAAUUGUAAGGACUGGUGUGAGAUGAUAUAUUGAUUCGGUUUGCACAACCAGGUUUCCACUUUUACACCUUUAAUGGUGAAUUCGAUUACAUAUCUUUAUUGGAAGCUGGCUGAAUUCGUUAAUAUUUGACAAUCACCUCAAGUUGGCCAUCAUUUUUCCGGAAACUUUAAAGCCUAGCCGUCUGAUACUUGUGAAACGCUCUGCACCAGAAAUAUAUAAAUAUAUAUACACAGACAUAUAUAGAAAAGGCAUUUAAAAGGCAUCAAAUGGAAAGUCCUCCCCUGAAAACACGUACUAGAAUAUAAACCGCUGAGAAUUUUUUUUCUUUUUUUACCUACUAUUAGCUAAUGAAACGAUAAAGCUAACUCGUGUUGAAUUUGUACUUAUACGGAAAUAAAUUAAUAUAAAUGUAUGUGCUAUAAAGAUAAUGCUACAAAUUGUUAUACAAGUAAACCAAAAUUGAGUCAAAUAUACGAAUAAAGAUAU